AUGCAGAACGUCAGGAUCGACCCCAGCAGUGUGUCCUUCAGCAUGUGGAAAGAUAUUCCCGUUCCUUUCUACAUGUCUGUAUACUUCUUUGAAGUGCUGAACCCCAAGGAGGUCCUCCGUGGAGCAAAGCCGGUGCUGAACCAGCGUGGACCCUAUGUUUACAGAGAGUUCAGGUAUAAAACAAAUAUCACAUUCCAUGACAAUGACACCGUCUCCUUCCUGGAGUACCGGAAACUCUUCUUCCAGCCGGACAUGUCCAAUGGCAGUGAAGAAGAGUACAUCGUUGUGCCAAACGUUUUGAUGAUGGGAGCGGCUGUAAUGAUGGAAAACCUGCCAAACUUUGUGAAGCUUUUAUUAAGUGGAGCCUUGGCUGGCCUGAAACAGGAGGCCUUCAUGAACCGGACAGUGGGGGAGAUCCUGUGGGGGUAUGAAGACCCUCUUAUAGACACAAUAAAUACACUUGUUCCUGGCCUCAUCCCUUUCAAGGGAAAAUUUGGCUUAUUUGUAGAGCUUAACAACUCCAAUUCGGGACUGUUUACAGUGAACACAGGCAUGAAGAACAUCAGUAGAGUUCACAUGGUGGAUUCAUGGAAUGGCCUAAAGAAGGUAAACUACUGGCGGAGCGACGAGUGCAACAUGAUCAAUGGGACCGCGGGGGAGAUGUGGCCACCAUUCAUGUCCCCAACAUCAUUGGAGUUCUACAGCCCUGAUGCCUGCAGAUCCAUGACACUGGUGUACGAGCAGUCUGGGAAGUUUGAGGGUGUGCCCACCUAUCGCUUCGUGGCACCAAAAACUCUCUUUGCCAACGGCACGGACUACCCACCCAAUGAAGGCUUCUGCCCCUGCAUGCAGUCCGGCAUCCAGAACGUCAGUACCUGUAGGCUAAAAGCCCCAAUGUUCAUUUCCCAUCCUCACUUCUACAAUGCUGACCCAACCCUGGUGGAUGCUGUGGAAGGUCUGCACCCCAGCAAGGACCAGCACGCGCUCUUCCUUGACGUGCACCCGAUGACGGGCAUCCCCAUGAAUUGCUCCAUCAAGCUCCAGCUGAACCUGUACAUAAAGCAGGUGUCUGGUAUAAUUCAAACAGGGAAGAUUAAGCCAGUGGUCCUGCCGCUGCUGUGGUUUGCAGAGAGCGGAUCCAUCGAAGGCUCAGUCCUAAAGCAGUUUUACACCAACCUGGUGCUGAUCCCGACCCUGCUGGACUACCUGCAGUAUAUCUUCCUUGGGCUGAGUGUCCCGCUCGUUAUCUCAGCAGCUGUACUCAUGGCAAGGAGUCAGGAAAAAUGCUCUUUAUUUUGGAGUAGCAAUAAAAAGAAUUCAGACAGUAAUAAGGCCAACCAGGCCACCUCUGCCAAAAAGCUGCCUCCAGUUAAGGGGAUGGUGUUGCGGGAAGCCAGACUGUAG